GGCGGCGAAACUUUCGGCGUCUAUCCCGUGACGCACACCUUUGACCUCUGCCUUAAAGUCACAGCCGACGUCUUCGCGGAGCAUGCGCCCUUGGGGACUCCGCUUCUUUUCCUUUAAGUAAGAUGGCUACCUUGUUCCUUUCUUCCUACGCCUUGCCCUUAGUGGAGACGGCAGAGCUGGCUUCUUUCCUUGCUCUGACUCUACGCAUGCGCCGAUGACUUCGGAACGAUACUUUCUUGCCCGAAAGGAAGAUGGCCGCAGCCUGAAGCUGCGAAAAAUCAGCUGAGGGGAAGCGACGGUUGGGGUAUUCCGCGACCUGCUUUUCUUCUCCUCAUGCAACGCCGGGAUGCUCUGCUCGAGCGGCUUCUUCCGCGGCAUCGAAUGUCCCUACGGGCAGGCCUGCGGGAGGCCCUACUGCCACUUCAGGCACCCGCCCGGGGCCCAACACACCACCGAUGGCCCUAUACCGCCUCGACGCCUUUUGGCCCUGUCUGGUCCCAGCAGACGCCCCGCCACAGUCGGAGGGUGUGGUUAUGACCCCUACAACCCAGAACUUCCCAAACCUGUGGCACAAGACAGCAAUGGCACUUUGGAAAAUAUCGUCUCGUCAGCUUCUGGAAUUCUGGAGCUUGAGCUGUUUGACAAGGCAAUUGAAGCUGCCAAGAAUGAAGUUGAACGUGAGCAAAAGAAGUAUGAAGAGCUGCUGGAGACAACUAAAGAGUAUGGCUCCUCCGAACCUCCUUUGCUUGCUUCUAAGGCUGCUGGAUUAGCAACAUCCAACCCAUUCAGUUCUCUGGAGUAUAGCCCAGGUAGUUACAAUGCAAACAGUGGUAAUGACUACAACCCUACUCCUCUUGCAGUGGUUGCUUCUAGUCAGUCUAGCAAAUAUACUUUGGACUCCUUCAACAAUACGAAAUGCAAGGGCAGCUCACUGGAAUAUGUUCCCACUGUGGUCACUCAGCCGAAGAAGUACAGCAGCUCUGUUGGAAAUAGCAAAUACAUAAUUGACAACUCCAAGCCUUCAACAGAUUUAGAAUAUGAUCCUCUUUCAAAUUAUUCUGCCAGGCUGUUGAGCAAAGCUAAAGAACAGAAGGGGACUAAGCGGAAGAGAGAAGCUGAUCGUGAGGAGGCAUAUUCUCCUUCAUUCAAGAAAUAUUGUGACGAAACUAGCAACGAUGAGCCCAUCGCCCGGUUCUCUGACUCGGAGGAUGAACGCCACGAAGCUUCUACCACCCCCCUUAAAUCUAAAGGAGGUUCAGAAAGCAAAUUGGGUACAGCCAAAGAAAAGGGAGCCCCACCAAUAGAUACUAGUUCCCGACAAAUGAAAGAGACUGCCGUGCAGUAUGACAUGGGAGACAUCGAGAGCCCUCAGAGAACCCCUAUCAAAGAUUCAGUGGAGAAAAAUGCCAAGUUGGUCAAAGUGCCUUCUAACCGAGAUGCGAAAGCAAAGGAAAAGAAUAAAGUGGCGUCAAAGGAUAAAUUGAAAAAGAAAAAGGAAGAUGACCACAAGGCGCAGGGUAAGAAAAAUCAAGGUAAAAUAGGAGACAAGGAGAAGAUGGACGUGAAGGCACAGCACAAAAAUGGGGAAAGGAGUAAGGAGAAACCAAGCAAGUCCCACGUUGACAGGCAUGCACUGAAGCUCAAUAAGCCAAAAUCUAUGAUUACACCUGGAAUUAAGGAGGAGAACUCUGGCAAGAACAAAGAUGUUGGCAAAGCUGCUGCUACUGAAAAAUCAGGGACUAGUAGGAAAGAUGGCAAGUUCCAGCCUGUAGAGUUGAAAAGGAAGCCCCAAAUCCCUAGUGGGACUGAACACAAUAAGAGAAAAGACAAGCAACCGGCCUUGAAAAGGUCUAAGGAAGCAUUGACCAAUUCCCAGGCAAAGGAGAAUUCGGAGGCCAAACGCAAGGUUAAACAGCGGUCCCUGAGCCACGUUGAUCUCUUUGGUGAUGAGAGUGGAGAGGAGGAGCAGGUGGGCCAGCCUUUUCUUCCAUUCCCUGAUGUGAGUUCAGACUCGGACCGAGAUGAUGCUGACUUCUCUUUGCCCUAUGACAAUGGGAUGGCCAAUGUUAAGAAACUUAAGUUAUCCCAGCCUCCUGCUGCUUCCUCCUCCUCCUCCUCUGAUGAUGAGAUUGAUUAUUCUGGCCUAGAGAAGGAUUUGGAUUUUGAGUAUGACCCAAUGGAGGAGUGCCUUCGGAUUUUUAAUGAAUCCACUGAUGUCAAAACAGAAGACAAAGGCAGACUAGGAAAACAGGUAUCAAAAGAGGAAGAGGGUGAAGAAAAGUUGACAGAAGACAGUUUAACCACACUCUUUCCUGGACAAAAAAGGAGGAUUUCUCAUGUAACACAGCAAAGACAUGUUGAAGUCCCAAGCAAGCCAGUGGUCCGGCCUUACCGGCCCCCAACCGCCCAAGAGGUCUGUUACCAGAGGAUUCAGCUAGCGCAGAAGCAGGCAGCGCACCUGGCCCAGCAGCGGCCACAGCAGCCCCUGCCGACCGCAAAGGUUCCUGUGGCACCGCAAAAAACCUUAAUUGCUAUGCACAAAGGAGAAAGGAAGCGAGUUGCUCAUGUGCCCAGUGCGGCUCUUUCGGCAGUCUCCAAGUUGGUUCCUGGAAAUCUUAAGAAGACCAUUCCAGCCGCACGUGUGGCAUCUUCCAAUGGUGUUGAUGCUCCAGCAUUGAAAGCUCGAACGCUGACUGGGAUGGCAUCUAAAACAACUACCACAGGUGUCCCAAAAAGGAUAGCACAUACUCCCACUCUGCAGAGCACCACCUUGAAAAGGCCAGUUAUUCCCACAGAAUACGGUGCCAAAGUUCCCACCAACAUCCGUCAGAGGUACCUCAACCUCUUCAUUGAUGAGUGCUUGAAGUUCUGCCCCUCACAGCAGGGAGCAUUUGACAAGGCUCUUGCUGAGGAGAAGGUGGUGUAUGAGCGCAGCACCAGCCGCAACAUCUACCUGAAUGUGGCGGUAAACACUUUGAAGAAGCUGAGGACUCUGUUGCCCAGCCCUUCUCAGGGAGUUCAAAAGGCCAGCAAUAGGAAAGUGGUUUCUCAUGAAGCUAUGCUAGGAGGGAAACUGGCAGCCAGGACCAGUUACACACUUAAUCGUUCUACAAGCUUACGGCUAGAAGACCUGACAGGGGCUACCUUGUACCGAAGGCUCAAGGAGUAUGUGCUGACAGAGGAUGACUUGAAGGAGCAUGGCUACCCGUUACCCUGUCCCGAGAGACCUGGCCGGGCUGUUGUCUUUGCUGCGGAAGAGAAGAAAAUGACUGAUGGUUCUUGCAGGAUUUGUUGUCGUUGUGGCACAGAAUACAUGGUAUCACCUUCCGGAAAUUGUGUCCGUAAAGAAGAAUGCAUCCAUCACUGGGGGAAAUUGCGCAAGCAAAGAGUACGAGGUGGCUGGGAAGCACAUUAUAGCUGUUGUUCGGGAGCCGUAGGUUCACUUGGAUGCCAAGUUGCAAAACAACAUGUCCAUGAUGGCCGGAAGGAAAGUCUGGAAGGUUUUGUGAAGACGUUUGAGAAGUUGACAAGGGCAGAUGGGCAUCCUGGCAUCUACGCCUUGGAUUGUGAAAUGUGUUACACUAAGCAAGGGUUAGAGCUGACGCGUGUCACUGUGAUCAACUCAGAACUGAGAGUGGUCUACGAUACCUUUGUCAAACCAGACUCCAAAGUUGUGGAUUACAACACUCGGUUUUCGGGUGUGACAGAGGCAGAUCUGGAAAAUGCAUCGAUAACUCUUCGGGAUGUUCAGGCGGUUCUCUUGAGUAUGUUCAGCACAGACACUAUCCUGAUAGGCCACAGUUUAGAAAGUGACUUGUUUGCACUAAAGCUUAUCCACUCUAUGGUGGUGGACACAGCUGUCGUCUUCCCUCACCGCCUGGGUUUGCCUUACAAGCGGGCAUUGCGUACUUUGAUGGCGGAUUACCUCAAGCGCAUAAUUCAGGAUAGCGUGGAAGGUCAUGACUCCAGUGAGGAUGCCCGAGCCUGCAUGGAGCUGAUGAUCUGGAAGAUCAAGGAAGAUGCUAAAGUGAAGCGAUGAUCCGCCUCCACACUGCUGCUGUUCUCCUUUGCGUUUUUGUCACAGGGCAAUAAUGAAGCCCACAGAGAGACACCCAUAGCCAGCAGCAGACCCUUCCCAGACUUUUCCCCGCUCGGCCCACAGGUGUCCCGAGGACUUGGGAGCAAGCAGCUCCUUCCGCUGGCAAAGUGACGGGCUGUGUCUGAAUGCCAGGCAUUGUAGUUGAGGCGAAACAUAUUGUGACCCAAGGUCAGCUAUACCCUGUGGUGGGGAAAGGUUUGGAGAUAGUCUCAUCGUAGAAGAUGGGAAUGACUUCAAGAGGCACUGAGUUCCACUAUUCCCUCUCCCUGCCCCUCCUAUUUAUGGACUUUAAAAGCUAGCUUUAAUUUACAUUUUUUAUUUAAUUUGGGGGGUCUUGUGAUUGGUCUUGGGCUAUACAGGAAUGGCGGAGAAGGUGGUCACGGACUCUGGCCUGUCAAGAAAGCAAGCCGAAGAGAUGAUGAAGGGAUGCUGGCUUCCACUGAGGGAGGGAAGCCAGGAGCAGAGUUGCCCAGGUGGAAGGAACCUGGCCCAAAGAAGCUGUCCUGAAACACAGGAAAGGGAGAAGUGUGCGUUGCAGAGGAGAUCACUGACAGAAAAAUAAAGCUAUAGAAAGUUAGGGAUUUCAGGCCUCGGGCCAUGACUCCAGCAGUGCUUUCCUGCUCAGGUCUUGACUUGAAGAGACCAGAGACAAGCUGCUACCAAACUGCAGGAGACAGUUCAGAUGGCUUGGUCUAGGCUGCUGGUAGCAUUUCAUUGAAACUACUGAGGGGGCAAAGCUGCCCCCUGAUCCCUCCCUGCUCAGGAGUUAUUCAAACUAGCUGCUUCUGCCUUUGGUAGGACUUUCGCCUUUUCUGGCUUGAAACCUAGGUUCUGUUUUCUGCAAACGAGGAGAAAGAGGCAGGAUCGUGUUCGGCACUGAUCACGUUUUCAAAAGGGCUGUUACUCAAAUCGGGAGGGAGAAGUGACGGAGAAAAUUCAUAACUUGCUCCCAAAUUUUCCCUCUGGUUAAACUUGAAUAUUUUGUAGUAAGACUUUCCAGGGGCUUUUUUUUUCUUCUUCCCCUUCCAUCUCCAAUGGCUUUUUGUAGUUGCCAGUUGAGCAGUUGUGUACAAAGUCUCUCGCUCUGGCCACUGAGUUGUUAAAAUAUAAAUAUGUGGAAUAAAUUCUGUUGUCCUGCGGAGAGCUCUCACGCCUGCCUCGCCUGUUUUUCUCACAAGCAACGGGGAUGUGAGAGGACCCUGCUAAUACAGUGCAGGCUUUUCUGUGCCUCUCAGCAUUGGAAGCAGCCCCCCUCCCUCCAGUUGUCUUCCCCCCUCCCCACCAAAAAAGAUAAUGGCCAUUUGCUGGGAUUGCUGUCGAGCUUUGUAAACAGCUUCCCACAGGAGGGCUUUAGGCAACUCUGGUUGUGAAGGAAGAGUGCCCGCAAUUGACACUUCCAUUAAACAACGGCUAGUAACACGGUUCCUUUGUUUUGUCAAAGGCCUUCUCUUUUUAUUCAACAGGCACCUAAGGCACCUAACUUGCCUUGUUCCAAGAGUCCGAAGCCCAUUGCUGGAGUUUGUGAAAGAUAUCCCUUGGGAGGGAUUUGGCUCAAAUCUGUACAUACUGUACAGUGUAUGUUGGGUACUUACGUUGGUGGUCUAGUUAGGGCUAUUGGGUGCUGUGUGAAUAGCCAAUUCUCAACCUGUGACCUGUCUGUACUGGCCUCUAGAAGGGCUGUGUGUUUCAGGCAUGUCUGCGCAAAGGCUCCGUUGGGCCUUCGCUGUCAAUUUUUACCUCAUGCUAAUCUUUUCUGACAUGACAGUCAGUGAAAAUGAGGUGCCUCACAGCAGCCAGGACCCAACCCAUUAAGCACCCUUCAGAUUGGUGGCAUAUGAAUCCUGCCUUGAUGGAAGAUGGGAACGUAUACAUUUUUCUUUUGACGGCACUGGUCGUCAAAAGCCCCAGGUGGGUUUGGAAAACGAGAGGUGCACAAACCUGUCAGAACUUUUCCUGGGAAAAAGUAGGCAAGAUUUCCCCUGCAGAGUAUAUCAAGCCCAGUGGGAGCAUUUUAAAAUGCCAGGAAAUUCAUGUUCCUAUUAGAUCUGGGCCAGUGUUUUUCCAACCUUGACAACUUUUAAGACUUGUGGACUUCCAACUCCCAGAAUUCCCCAGCCAGCCACAAGUUGAAGUCCACACAAGUCUUAAAGUAACCCAAGGUUGGACACCCUUGGUCCAGGCAGUGAAUCCUUGCCUUGGGAUCUGGAGGAACACUGCCAGAGUUCCCAUAAACACACAGAGAGGCUGCACAGCUGACUGGUUUGCCACAAGCAUGUUUUAUAGAUGUGACAGAUAAAUAAAUAAUGACAAAUACAUGGGCAAAGCAGAACUUCUAACAAGCCUUGCUUUGGUACUUUAAAAAAUGGUGGUUGAAUCCAUCUUCUUUGCUCAGAUAUGCCCGUGUUUACUUGGCAUAAGAGUAAAAGUAAUGGUUUAAGGAAAGGAAGGCCCUUGGGGUGAGCGGAUGAUCUAUUUAACCAAAGGAACGUAUUUGCACUACAAGCUUGUACCAGGAUUAAUACAGAUUCAUCCAUCAUUAUCAGAGAGCUCAGAAGCUCCCUAACCUCCAAGAAUGGAAGUUCCCUAGACGCCAACAUGAUGGUUAAUCUCCUUUCCCCCCACUUUCUGCUAUCAUUUUGAUGUUUGCUGCUCACCAGCCAGUGCCUGCCCUUUGCUCUUCCUUCACAGGCAAGAUUUGAAAUGAUUCCUAAGUAUUUAGACUUAAGAAAAACAGGAUCUCCUCCACCCCCGGCCAACCCAUUUGGGGCUGCAACUCUUCUCUGAUUGUAACACUGUACAGUAAUAAAACUCUAGACUUUGUAUACGUACAACUGUAUACCUGUUAAUACUGUUUUAUAUUUUUUUUUAAAUAAAGCAAAAUAUGACAUCC